UGAGGAGAUGGACAGUUUACCUUAACCUUAUAAACAAUAUAUUUCAGAGUUAAAAGUUUAACCAUGGACCCCCGUACCAGUGCCCAGGACGUGAUGCGAUGUGACCUGUGUGAGACUGCUGUCGUACAGAUGCACUGUGAUACAUGUCUUGUCAACCUGUGCACAGCUUGUGUAGGAAAACACAUGUUAUCGGAUGAAUCCAACGAUCACAAAGUUGUCAAAUUUCUCGCCAAGAAAUCUAACACCCUUUAUCCUAGAUGUACCACUCAUUUCAAAGAACGAUGUAAAAUGAACUGUAAACAAUGUGGCAUUCCUGUUUGUACGAAAUGUCUAGCAUCUGAUCAACACCUUGGUCAUAAGUUAUCAGAGAUCUUAGAUAUUGUGGAUGAAAAAAAGAACACAAUUAUCAAGGAUCAAACUGAAUUAAAGAAGAAAAUCUAUCCCACCUACCAGGACAUUGCCUCUGAUGUACAAAACAGAAUGAAUCAGUUACAAAAGCAAUAUGGAGAUCUAUCAACAGCCAUAACAAAACAUGGAGAGGACUGGCACAGAGAAAUUGACAAACUUGUCCAGAAACUUAAAGCUGAAGUUAAUGAAAUGAAAAACAAACAGUUAAAAACGCUACAGAAACACCUGGAUGAAAUAAACAAGACAAUGUCUGACAUCAAGGAUGAAAUUGAUUCAGUUGAAAUAGCUAUAAACACCAAUGACUUGUCAAAACUGUUUAGAGUCACUUCCAAUGUAAAUAUAUACAGACAACUUCCACAAAAAUCAGCACCAACUUUACCAAAAUUCAUUCCAGAAGAAUUUCAAGUAGAAAAAAUCAAGCAACUGUUUGGAACGAUAUUUUUAAGUUCUUUCAGUUCAGAUAAAUAUGGUUACAGCAUGAAAACAACACAGAAAUCACCAGAAACUGGAUCCUCCCCUCAAUUCAAACAGCUGCUUGAUGAAGCAGAGACUGUCACCACCAUAGACACUGGGUAUAGAGUACUUUUCAGUGUAUCCUGUCUGAGUGAUGAAAAAAUCUGGACAAGAGGAGAUGAUAAAACCAUGAAACUCUUCAGCAUCAAUCAGGGAUCACUACUCAAGUCAAUCACUGCCAAGUCAGGGAACAUGCCAUCUAACAUAGCAGUGACAAGAAGUGGAGAUCUGGUUUAUACUGACAGUUAUGAUAGAACUGUGAACAUUUUAAUGAACGACAGGAUAGAGGAGAUGAUCAGACUACAGAACUGGAAUCCUUGCGGUGUCUGUAGUACCUCCUCUGGUGACCUCCUGGUUACCAUGAUCAGUGAUGAUUUCAAACAAACAAGAGUUGUCCGUUACUCUGGCUCCACAGAGAAACAAACCAUUCAGUUUAAUGAUAAAGGUAAACCUCUCUAUUCAUCCGGUGGUUAUAUCAGAUACUACAUAACAGAGAACAGGAACCUGGAUAUCUGUGUAUCUGACAGUGGAGCUAGAGCAGUAGUGGUGGUCAAUCAGGCCGGGAAACUUAGAUUCAGGUACACUGGACUUAAUCCUGCUCCAAGAAACAAACCACUCCGUCCACAAGGAAUCACUACAGACAGUCAGAGUCACAUCCUUACAGCUGAUUAUAACAAUGAGUGUGUCCACAUCAUAGACCAGGAUGGACAGUUCCUCAGUUACAUAGACUGUGUACUUAGUAACCCUGAGGGAAUUUGUACUGAUACGAAUGACAGUCUGUUUGUUGCUCAAUGUAGAAACAGACGAAUCAAGAAAAUCAAAUUCAUGUAUAUAGGCUGUGGUGGUCAUAGGAUCAGUUUACCUGGUACAAAAAAGUCAGGAUCAACUUACCUGGUACAAACAGAAUCUGAUCUCUGUUGUAGAAAUGUAGGAUCAGCUUACCUGGUACAAACAGAAUCUGGUGUCUGUUAUAGAUAUGUAGGAUCAGCUUACCUCGUACAAACGGAAUCUAAUCUCUAUUAUAGAUGUAGGAUCAGUUUACCUGAACACAUAACAACAGGGACUUUACUGGCAGCCAUUACAGACUUAAACGUCAGAGUCAAAAGCAUAACCAUGGACCCCCGUACCAGUGCCCAGGACGUGAUGCGAUGUGACCUGUGUGAGACUGCUGUGGUACAGAUGCACUGUGAUACAUGUCUUGUCAACUUGUGUAAGGCCUGCGUGGGAGAACACAUCUCAACAGGGGAAUCCAAGGAUCACAGAGUCGUUAAAUUUCAGGACAGGAAAUCUACUCCCCUCUACCCUGAAUGUAAAUCUCAUAGCAAAGAACGAUGCACAAUGUACUGUAAACAAUGUGACAUUCCUGUUUGUACAAAGUGUCUGGCAUCUGAUCUACAUCUGGGUCAUAAAUUAUCAGAAAUCUUAAAGAUCGUGGAUGAUAAAAAGAGCAAAUUCAUCAAAGAUAAAACUGAAUUAAAGGAGGAGAUAUAUCCCACAUACCAGGACAUUGCCUCUGAUGUACAAAACAGAAUGAGUCAGUUAAAAAUGGAAUAUGGAGAUCUCUCAACAGCCAUAACAAAACAUGGAGAGGACUGGCACAGAGAAAUUGACAAACUUGUCAGGAAACUAAAAGCUGAAGUCGAUGAGAUGAAAAACACACAGUUACAAACUCUACAGAAACAUCUGGAUAAAAUAAAAAAGACAAUGUCUGACAUCAAGGAUGAAAUAGAUUCAGUUGAAAUAACUAUAAACACUAAUCAUUUGUCAAAACUAUUUAAAGUCACUUCAAAUGUAAAUAAAUACAGAAGCCUUCCACAAAAACUAGUACCAACUUUAUCCAAAUUCAUUCCAGAAAAAAUUCAAGGAGGAAAACUCAGUAAAUUGUUUGGAACAUUAUCAUCAGGUUCUUUGACUUCAGAUAAACAUGGAUACAGAAUGAAGACGACACAGAAAUCACCAGAAGCUGGAUCCUCUCCUCCAGUCAAACAGCUGCUUGAUGAACCAGAGACUGUCACCACCAUACACACCGGGUAUAAAUACCUUAUCAAUGUGGCCUGUCUAAGUGAUGAAGAAAUCUGGACGACAAGUGGAAAUGAAAGCACCAUGAAGCUCUUCAGCAUCAGUCAGGGAUAAAUAUUCAAGUCAAUCACAACCAAGUCAAAGAAAAGACCAAGAGACAUAGCAAAUACAAAAAGUGGAGACCUAGUUUAUACGGAUAACAUUGAUAGAACUGUGAACAUUGUGAAGAAUGAGAAGAUAGAGGAGGUGAUCAGACUACAGAACUGGAGACCUCACGGUGUCUGUAGUACCUCCUCUGGUGACCUCCUGGUGACCAUGAUCAGUAAUGAUAUCAAACAAGCAAAAGUUGUCCGUUACUCUGGCUCCACAGAGAAACAAACCAUUCAGUUUGAUGAUAAAGGUAAACCUCUCUAUUCAUCUGGUAGUUAUUACAGAUACAUAACUGAGAACAGGAACCUGGAUAUCUGUGUGUCUGACUGUGAAGCUAAAGCAGUAGUGGUGGUCAAUCAGGCCGGGAAACUGAGAUUCAGGUACACUGGAUAUACUCCUGCUCCAAAGAAUAGACCUUUCAAUCCACGAGGAAUCACCACAAACAAUCAGAGUCAAAUCCUUACAGCUGAUUAUUGGAAUGAGUGUGUCCACAUCAUAGACGAGGAUGGACAGUUCCUCCGUUACAUAGAAUGUGGACUGAGUGAACCCUGGGGAUUGUGUGCAGAUACAAAUGACAAUCUAUUUGUUGCUCAAUGUGGAAAUAGACAAGUGAAGAAAAUCAAAUACAUGUGUUGAUAUAAGGGCUGUGUAUUGAUCACAUAAAACCUAUGCAUGACACAGUCCAAUAUAACUUAAAAGCCACUAUGCAGUAUAUCAAUGCUUUUUCAUUAGUUGUAUCAUGUGUAUGCGAAAAAAAAUUAUCAAAAUCUUAUCAUCAGAGAAAAUUUGUAGUUAACAUGGUUGUUAUAUGAUUAAAUU